GCUACAUCAUCCCUCUCUUGUAACCCAAUCUCUCCUCAGCUCCUCUCUCCUUUCCCUCCUAUUCGUUCAUCAUGGCGCCUGGUGCCUCUUUGCUGACCAAGCUCAAGGUCCAGCUCAAGCUCACCAUCGCGCGCCUCCGCAUGGUUCAGCAGCGAGAUGAGCAGCUCGGCAAGACCCAGCGGAGGGCCAUGGCCCAGCUCCUCGAGGCCGGCAAGAUCGACUCGGCCCGCAUCCGCGUCGAGAACAUCAUCCGAUCCGACAUCACCAGCGAGCUACACGAGAUGCUCGAGCUUUACUGCGAACUACUGCUUGCGCGCGCGGGGCUUAUGGAGGGACACACGGUCGACCCAGGAUUGGAGGAGGCUAUCCAGAGUCUGAUCUACGCUGCGCCCAAGACGGAGAUUAAAGAGCUCGGAACGGUGAGGACGCUGCUGGCUGAGAAGUAUGGCAAGGAAUACGUCUUGUCGGCCACGGAGAACACAGAAGGCAAGGUCAACGAGAAGGUGGUCAAGAAGCUCAGCGUCACGCCCCCUCGGGAGGAGCUUGUGGUUGGGUACCUGGAGGAGAUUGCCAAGGCUUACGGCGUCGACUGGCCCAAGCGGGAGACGGUCUCGCCACCCCCAGAGCUCCUCGAUGACGACGACGAAGCAGCAGACGACGAAGACAAGCCUUCGGGUGGACAGAAGCAAAAGGUCCUCGAGGCGCCUCUGGCAGCAGAACCCAAGGAUCCAGUCCUAAACACACCAGUCAAGAAGCUCAGCGGCGGAGGUCCUACUAGCCCACUGACGGUGACGCCGCCCCGGAUGACGACGGACAACGUGCAUCCAAAGGUGACUCUGGGAUCUGUGGAGCUGAAACCGAGCAAGAAGGCCGAGGCGGCGUCGCGGAAGGAGCCUGAGGGAUCGAUCCCAGAUCUCGGAGACUUGGAGAGGAGGUUUGCGGCGUUGAAGAAGCGGUGACGUGGGAUGUGUUGUUUCUUGAUUUUGUAUGGCACUAUGGAGUUUCGCUUUGAAGAGAUUAUUGAUUUAAGCAGAACUUUGGAUGUGUAAUGUCAGCUUUGAGUGUGUCUUGGCUUGAUUUGAGUGAGGAACCUCUAAGCCAGAGGGUCGGGGGUUAC